CCUGGCUUCGGAACCCAGUUUUAGGCUUUUCGUUCCCCUUCAUUCUAAGCAGAUAUGUAUUCCAAGGCCUUAGGGUUUCUUUCUUCUCCAAAAUCUUGAUGCCCAUUUAUGACUUCAACUUGAGAUUAAUUCAACGUGCGGGUUCUGUUGAUUCUGUGUUAGAAAGCUGGCUGUCACCUGAAAAAUUGGAUCUUUUUAGGUUUCCGUCUGUUGGAUCGAGCGGAAUCUAUUGGUUUCGAUAUGUAUCGGAGCGUGGCUACGCGCGGUGGGAUGCCAACAGACAGCGGUGAAAGUGGCGUGGUGACGCUCGAUCAGGUACCCAGUUGGAAUGACACUGAUCAGCGAUCUUCUUUCCUUUAUGGACCAGGAGAUUCUUCCACGCCGUUAUAUUUCUCAGAUCCUCUGACUUCUUCUUCUGGAUUGAAUUCGGGAAUUGAUGGCAUGGUGUCGAGGUUUCCGGUUGACCAAGAUAUCAAUGGAAGGAUAUAUCUAUGGCGUGGCAACCCUUGGAAUCUUGAGGUCGAUGCUGUUGUUAAUUCCACCAAUGAGAGUUUGGAUGAAGCACAUAGCAGUCCCGGUUUGCAUACUGCUGCUGGACCAGGUCUUGCAGAGGAGUGUUCUGCAUUGGGUGGCUGUCGGACUGGAAUGGCAAAAAUGACUAAUGCUUAUGAUCUCCCAGCCAGGAAAAUUAUCCACACUGUUGGCCCAAAAUAUGCUGUCAAGUAUCAUACUGCUGCCGAAAAUGCUUUGAGCCAUUGUUAUCGUUCUUGCUUGGAACUUCUUAUUGAAAACGGUCUUCAGAGCAUUGCAAUGGGAUGUAUAUACACUGAAGCAAAAGGUUAUCCUCGAGAACCUGCUGCCCAUGUUGCAAUAAGGACUGUCAGGCGUUUCCUGGAAAAGCAAAAGGAUAAAAUAACUGCUGUUGUUUUUUGUACUUCUAAUUCAUCUGAUACAGAGAUAUAUAAGAGAUUGCUUCCUUUAUACUUUCCCAGGGAUAAACAUGAAGAAGAGGUUGCUAUAUCAAAGCUUCCGGCAGAUGUUGGGGAUGAAAAUGGUGAAACUGUAAUAGAUGAGCGAAAAAUAAGGAUUAAACCCUUACCAGUGCUGUCAUCAACUACAACGAAUGCAUCUACAACCUCGGUUGAUAUUCCUAUCAAUGAUUCUGAUUCAACUUUAAGACGCAGUUCAUUUCAUGUGGAUGCAUAUCUAGAUCCUGCGUUCAUGUCAUUGAUGAAGGACCCGGACCAGCGUAGGAAGGAGCAAUGGGAAAAAGCUGCCCAAGCUCAAAAUGGCUUUGAUUUUGCUAAGUUGCUUGGUUUUGGAGAUUUAGGUGGUCCUCCAUUGAGUGCUGCUGAGGAAUAUUCACUUCACUCCAGAUAUUUUGCAAAAGCGAAUUCUCUCAACCUAUCAGAAAUUGCUGAAAUGAAAAUUGUUUAUCGAGGUGGAGUAGACAGCGAGGGGCGCCCAGUGAUGGUUGUUGUGGGUGCUCACUUUUUACUUCGAUGCCUCGAUUUGGAGCGCUUUGUCCUUUAUGUAGUAAAGGAGUUUGAGCCUCUGAUUCAGAAGCCAUACUCAAUUGUGUAUUUUCAUUCUGCAGCAUCCUUGCAAAUGCGGCCUGAUCUUGGUUGGAUGAAGAAGCUACAGCAGGUACUUGGUCGGAAGCACAGGCGAAAUCUACAUGCUAUUUAUGUACUCCAUCCAACCCUUGGACUGAGGGCAACUAUUUUUGCUUUGCAGAUAUUUGUUGAUGGAGAGGCUUGGCAAAAGGUUGUGUACAUGGAUCGGCUCUUGCAGCUCUUCAAAUAUGUUCCUCGUGAGCAAUUGACCAUCCCGGAUUUUGUCUUCCAGCAUGAUCUUGAAGUUAAUGGUGGAAAGGGAGUUAUUGUUGAUCCAAGAACAAAAUAUAUCUAUCAGAGGCCUUCAGCAUGAAUGAUGCUUUCUUUUUAAGGUUAUUUUGUUCUGCUGCUGCUAUUUAAUUAUUCUGCUGCUAUUUUGUUCAGUUGUCCUUUUUCGAUGUGUGCAUUAUCUUUUUCUGUUGAUUCUCAGACUGGAAAUGAAAGCAAUGCACCAUUUCUUUUGUAAAGUUUCAUGGCAAUAAACAUUCUGUUCAUAUAAAAAAAAAUACUAAAAAAAAAAUAUUAGAUAUUGCUCAUUUCUGCAUGCUGAGAAUUGUCUGAAGUGGUUGUUACUCCAGCAAGAACAGACUGAUUAUCAAAGCCUUUCUGAAAGAACAUUUUUUCUCCUACUCA